AUGCCGGCUCUAUCAUCGGGGGCCACAACCACCCCCGGCGAUGCCCUCGGGCUGAAUGCCGCCGGACAGUCGCUCGGCAUGGACGCAUUCGACCAGGACCUCAACUUUGACGAUGCCUUGCUUGAUAGCGUCAACGGCGGACUACCGCCGCUACCCUUCACGCCCUCCUAUGACUUUGAGAACUUCAAUACCUUCGAGGACCCUUUCUCCUACUCUGCGCCGCGCCCAUACGAGGCGGCGCCCGACGCCGAGCCCUUCAACGAGGAGUCGCCGUCGCAGGAGCUAGAUAACAAGCUGCUCGGCUUCAGCGCCCCGAUAGCGAAAGGCCCCGUGGUGGACGAGGCCGGGCAGUUCGCCGAGGUGGGCAUGAGCGCCGAGCUGUAUGGCAUGUUCUUCGUGGCCGAGGACGUCUUCGGCGGCGAGAACAGCGGCCGCCCGCUCGAGCUGACCUGCUACCGCCGCAACCUGUGGCAGUGCUCCGGCCAGAUCACCCUGCCGCGGCACAUUGCCCACGUCCUCAACGAGCAGGGCCGCCAGGUCCCCGUCGCGGAGCUGGCCGCCAGCAUCACCGCCAUCGAGUCCAUCGAGGGCAAGACCACAGAGAUCAUCUCCAUCCCGUGGAAGAGCUCCAACCCCAAUGUCGCCAACGGCGGCGAGGAGACCAAGGUCGCAAGUGCGCCACCCAACGUGCCGCUGGAUCUGGCCUCCGGCCAGGAGCUCGACAAUAACCUGAUAUCUGUCCCGGUAUCGUGGAAGCGUCUACAGUUCAAGCACGCCACGGCCAAUAACGGCCGAAGGAAGGGUCUACAACAGCACUAUGUCGUACAGAUAAACCUGCUAGGCAAGUCGAAGGCCGGCGAGUUCUUCAAGAUCGCCGAGAUCCAGUCCGGCCCCGUCAUUGUGCGUGGCCGGAGUCCUCGGGAGAUCUCGCACAGAAUAUGCAGAGAUAUCAUUCUCUGGGCAAUAUACAGGAUGCCACCCGUGGACGCUGUCUACCGACCACAUGUCGUCCACCACACCAUUGUCCCGCCCGAGAUCAAGGCCCAGCAGGUGCGCAGCAAGACGAAGCGGUACUUUGCAGCCGAAUGA